AACGUCUUCCUAAAGGAAAAUGAAAAGGCUUUUCUUCCCAGUUUUGUUUGUAUCUGUUCUCCAUGACAUCCAGACAACAUCGACCAACUCUGUGGAAAUCAGUGAAAGCAGUUCAGCUAUAAAUCAGUCUACAACGGCGAAGGGAAAAUACCAUGGUGAAAACAUGAAACCCAGACUCUCCAAGCCAUCAAGAGAAAACAGGCAUGAGACCUGCCUUACGCAAUGUGAAAUGUCAGCAAAGCUCAUGAAGGAGGAGAAACACCUGAUGUGCAGAAACUUACACCAUUCUCUUGUUUCCUACACGAGGAGCACAAGGAAAAUGAUUAGAGGCAUGAUGGAGGAUCACCAGAAAUCACUGGAGUUUCUUUCAAGCCAGGUAAGGGAACUGAUGAACAAAGUUCUGACACUCAGUACAGAAGUCUUAAAGAACAACAUUGAGCCAUUUCCACAUAAGCCAGUACAAUCACAUGGGCGUGAUUGCAGUGAUAUUAUAGACACAGUACAGUCCAUUUCCAAAACUCCAAGUGGUAUUUACAUAAUCCAGCCAGAAGGACUUGACUAUCCAUUUGAGGUGUUCUGUGAAAUGGAUUAUAUGGGUGGUGGAUGGACUGUAAUUCAGAGGAGAUCAGAUGGCCUCAUUGACUUCAAAAGAGAAUGGUCAGAGUAUAUGGAUGGAUUUGGCCACCUACCUGGAGAGCACUGGCUGGGCCUUCGCAAGGUCUACCACAUCGUGAACCAAAAGAACACAAACUUCCAGCUGCACGUGGCCCUCGUCUCCGAUGACGACACUUCCUCCUACGCCUCGUAUGACAACUUCUGGAUAGAAGACGAAACCAGGUUUUUCAAGAUCCACCUGGGCCGAUAUGCAGGGAGUGCAGGAGAUGCGUUUCGAGGAUACCGCCAGGAGGAGAACCAGAACUCGAUGCCGUUCAGCACGUCGGAUGUUGACAACGACAGCUGCCGUCCCUUCUGCGUCUUUGAUGGCCAAGCCGUGGAGAGCUGCAGUGCCAGAAACAACGGUACAGGCUGGUGGUUUAACCAGUGUGGAAUGGCCAAUCUCAACGGCGGUGCUCCGGAUAUGGAGCGUGCCAUGCAGCCCCAUAUCCACUGGGACACAUGGACUCUCAAUGGAGUCCCAGUCAACAUCAAAUCUGUAACCAUGAAGAUUAAGAGAGUCUACAGUCCCUUCUUCAAAUAAUUCUGAGUUACGGUCAGCUGCUGACUUGAUUGCAAUCCCAAAGGGAAAUCAAUAAACAAAUAAAAAUAAUCUUC